CAGUGACAGUGACAGCAUAUCAAAAGUCAUCGGAUAUCCUCUGAUGCUGCUCAUAUGGUCCAAUAACACACCGGCCUCUCUCAGCAGACAUCUUCCGGGUCGACAGAGAGUUCGCCUGUGCCGCACAGAGCACAGAGGACUAUUUGCAAAGGAGGGGUGCCGUCUGUCCUGUUGAGCUCCUCCUGGUGUGUGAGUGUCGGGUGUGUGUGCACCAUGGCGAGCCUCCUGCGUGUCGUGGCGGCCAGCUGCUCGGCCCCUGUGUUCAGUGGUGUAUCUUGCGUGAAGCUGCAGAGCAGCAGUGGUAUCAAAUCAACAUGCCUUCGCUUUUUCAGGACCCAUCAAGCUCUGGGAAGAUGUGCCAGCCCAGGUAUUCCAUACAAACAAAUCACAGUCGGUGUUCCCAAAGAAAUCUUCCAGAACGAACGUCGUGUAGCACUUUCUCCUGCUGGUGUCCAGGCGCUCAUUAAACAGGGCUUCAACGUAAUCGUGGAGUCUGGAGCAGGAGAGCCUUCCAAGUUCGCUGAUGAACAUUACACCCAGGCUGGAGCAGCAAUUAAAGACGUUAAGGAUGUCUUGGCGUCUGAUGUGCUGGUUAAGGUUCGUGCUCCUGUUUUCAACCCUGACCUGGGUGUCCAUGAGGUGGAGCUGAUGAAGGACGCAGCCACUUUAAUCAGCUUCAUCUACCCAGCUCAGAACCCUGAGCUGAUGGACAUGCUAUCCCAGAAGAAGGCCACCGUCCUGGCCAUGGAUCAGGUGCCUCGAGUCACCAUAGCCCAGGGUUACGAUGCACUGAGCUCCAUGGCAAACAUUGCAGGGUACAAGGCAGUUGUUCUGGCAGCAAACAACUUUGGUCGCUUUUUCACUGGACAAAUCACAGCUGCAGGGAAAGUGCCUCCUGCAAAGGUUCUGAUCAUUGGAGGUGGUGUUGCUGGAUUGGCAGCAGCUGGUUCUGCCAGAGCCAUGGGAGCCAUUGUCAGAGGAUUUGAUACCAGAGCUGCAGCUUUGGAGCAGUUUAAAUCUCUGGGCGCGGAGCCACUGGAGGUGGACAUUAAGGAGUCAGGAGAGGGUCAGGGAGGCUACGCCAAGGAAAUGUCAAAGGAGUUCAUCGAGGCAGAGAUGAAGCUGUUUGCCAAACAGUGUCUGGAUGUGGACAUCAUCGUCACCACUGCUCUCAUCCCUGGCAGGCGUGCACCCAUCCUCAUCACCAAACCAAUGAUAGAGAGCAUGAAAGAUGGCUCAGUGGUGGUAGACUUGGCUGCUGAGGCUGGAGGAAACAUUGAGACCACGGUACCUGGAGAGCUGUCGGUACACAAGGGAGUGACCCAUAUCGGCUACACAGACCUGCCCAGCCGUCUGCCGACACAGUCCAGCACUCUGUACUCCAACAACAUUACCAAGUUGAUUCGAGCCAUCAGCCCGGACAAGGACAACUUCUACCUCGACGUCAAGGAAGUGUUCGACUACGGGACCAUGGAUCACGUUGUGAGGGGAUCCAUUGUCAUGCAGAAUGGAAAGAACCUGUUCCCCGCUCCCCAGCCCAACAAUGUGCCCGUCGCAGCUCCUCCUAAACCUAAGUCCGUCCAGGAAAUGGAGAAAGAGAAGGCUACACAAAUCUCCCCCUUCAGGGCUACACUCACCACUGCUGGCGUGUACACUGGAGGUGCUGCCACUUUGCUGGGUCUGGGUCUGUCGGCUCCUAACGCUGCCUUCACUCAGAUCGUCACCACCUUUGGUCUGGCUGGCAUCGUGGGAUACCACACAGUGUGGGGGGUCACUCCUGCUCUGCACUCUCCACUCAUGUCUGUCACCAACGCUAUCUCAGGUCUGACGGCUGUGGGUGGUCUGUCCCUGAUGGGAGGCAGCUACACCCCAACAUCUACUGCUGAGACACUGGCCGUGCUGGCUGCCUUCAUCUCCUCGGUCAACAUUGCUGGUGGUUUCCUGGUGACGCAGAAGAUGUUGGACAUGUUCAAACGCCCCACUGAUCCUCCAGAGCACAACUACCUUUAUCUGCUUCCUGCUGGUGUCUUCGUCGGUGGCUACGCUGCUGCGCUGCAGUCUGGAUACAACAUUGAACAGAUGAUGUACUUGGGCUCAGGUCUGUGCUGUGUCGGUGCCCUGGCCGGCCUUUCCAAUCAGAAGACAGCCCGUCUGGGUAAUGCUUUGGGCAUGAUUGGAGUCGCAGGGGGGGUUGCUGCCACUUUAGGUGCCCUCAAACCAAGUCCUGAGCUCCUAGCACAGAUGAGCGCAGCCAUGGCUGUAGGCGGCACUACUGGCCUCGCCAUUGCUAAGAAGAUCCAGAUCACUGACCUGCCCCAGCUGGUAGCUGCCUUCCACAGCCUGGUGGGGCUGGCGGCCGUGCUCACCUGUGUUGCUGAAUACAUGAUCGAGUACCCCCACUUCGCCACAGACCCUGCAGCCAACCUCACCAAGAUAGUCGCCUACAUUGGCACCUACAUCGGUGGAAUCACUUUCAGUGGCUCCUUGGUGGCGUACGGAAAACUGCAGGGUAUUUUGAACAGCGCUCCCCUGAUGCUCCCUGCUCGUCACGCUCUGAACGGCACUCUGAUGGCAGCCAGCAUUGGUGGGAUGAUUCCCUACAUGAUGGAUCCCAGUUACACCACAGGCAUCACCUGUCUCGGAUCUGUCUCUGCUCUCUCCGCUGUCAUGGGUGUCACAUUGACAGCUGCUAUCGGAGGCGCUGACAUGCCAGUGGUGAUCACCGUACUGAACAGUUACUCAGGCUGGGCCCUGUGUGCCGAGGGCUUCCUGCUCAAUAACAACCUGCUGACCAUCGUCGGAGCUCUCAUCGGGUCGUCUGGAGCCAUUCUGUCAUAUAUUAUGUGUGUGGCCAUGAAUCGUUCACUGGCUAACGUGAUCCUGGGAGGCUACGGCACAUCCUCCACCGGCACAGGAAAGCCCAUGGAGAUCACAGGGACACACACAGAGGUCAACGUGGAUCAGACCGUCGACAUGAUUAAAGAAGCCCAGAGCAUAAUCAUCACUCCAGGUUAUGGACUCUGUGCUGCAAAGGCUCAGUACCCCAUUGCUGAGUUGGUGAAGAUGCUUAAAGAGGCUGGCAAGGAUGUCAGGUUCGGUAUUCACCCUGUGGCCGGCCGUAUGCCUGGUCAGCUCAACGUGCUGUUGGCUGAAGCUGGUGUCCCAUAUGAUAUUGUCCUGGAAAUGGAAGAGAUUAAUGAAGACUUCCCUGAAACGGACCUGGUCCUGGUGAUCGGUGCCAAUGACACAGUAAACUCAGCAGCCCAGGAAGAUCCCAACUCCAUCAUUGCUGGCAUGCCUGUGCUGGAGGUCUGGAAGUCUAAGCAGGUGGUUGUGAUGAAACGUUCCCUGGGUGUGGGAUACGCAGCUGUCGACAACCCCAUCUUCUACAAGCCCAACACUGCGAUGUUGCUAGGCGACGCCAAGAAGACUUGCGAUGCCCUGCAAGCCAAGGUCCGCGAGUCCUAGAGCCAGUAAGGCGGACACCCUCACUCAGAGCACUCAUGCAGCGAGGAAGGUUGAAGACAACAAGUCAAAGUUUUUUUCCAAAACGAUCUCCACAUUAAGAUGAUCUUUGUCCGAUUGUGACUCGGCCAAUUGAGCAAAGAUGGUUUAAAAGUUUUUGACACACCCCUCCUGUCAUCUAGAAGUUGCAAAUUUUGUUGUGAUAGAUACAGAUAGUUUUUCUAUUAGUGCUCCCACUGUGGUGAUGAACUUAGACACAGAUUUACAGGCACGUCUUUUAUUUCUAGAUGCAAAAGGAAGGGUGUGGCAAAAAUUAGCAUGUGGUCUGGGGAGCAGCCGGCAGUGUCAUCUUCAUUUUAGACACCUGUAUUAAUGUAAAACAAUCAGAGAAGUAGAUACGUUAAGAAGUUAGUAGGCCAAAUUUCACCGUUAAGAUAUUUUAGGAAAUAGUUGAAGGAAAAUUUUAGAUGAAUCGGAUUUAAAAAGGAACAAAAGCAGCAGAGAUAUAAAGAUGAAACCCCAAGAGAAAGAAGUAUAAGAGCAUUUAGCACUAAUUUUCCACACUGUUAAGAGUUUUCUCCUGCUUCCUUUUAUUAGGUAAUUUACUGUCCCUGUUAAUAGAUCUAUUUAUUUCUAACCUCCUUUUUCUGUACAAGCAAAAAGAAAAAAAGCAGAAUAGUGCAACAUUUUUGUAAAGUUCCUUCAGUUCCAGUUUUAUACAGUAUUGAGAGAUUUUUCUAUUUGGUCUAAUAAGUAUCAUAAAGCUACAACAUCACAUUUUAGAAAUCUAGUCAUACUGUUUGCUUUUUUUCUUUUUCAUUUCCACGUGUAUUGUGAUCUCCACCUAUGCCUCUAGUGCAGCAAUCACACAUGGAUCCAAAAACACUAAAGAUCCGUUCAAGCCUCAGCUGUCAAGCAUUUAACGCAAUAAACCAAACCGAUCUGAGCCCACAGCUGUCGUGUAACGCUAGUAAAGACUGGACUACUCAGACAAACAAACACUCUUGUAGCUCUCAUGGCUGGAUGGAUUUUAUGGUGUUUUUGAGCCAGGUGCGUCCCAUCACCCUGUGUGGUACUGAUGUUCAUGUGAUGCUAGCCUUUGGUCUUUACGGUAAAGAAGGGUGUGUCUUUUUGUAAGUGAAUGUCCACUCCGAUAUGUGUGUCCUCAUUAUUUUGUCUAGAGUGAAAUGAAGGAUCACUGUUUGUAAACUAGGACCAGAUGUUAACUUGACUGUUGUGUAAAGAGACUAAAGCAACAUAACACUUAUUUCAUUCAAUUCGUCGCCACAUUUCAGGAGACAUGAAUUGUUCAAUGGUAUUUUUACAAAUUCCUAAAAUGAAUUUCCCUUUUUUUUCUUAGCCAUAAACGUGUCCCGCUUUUACAGUAAAUCUGGAUUAUGUGGCCCAAAUAUAGAUGGAUAGCUGUGUAACCAGUUGAGUAAUUUGCAAAUGAUCAUUAACGCUACACCAGAGACUUAUUCCCUCAAGUUUUAAUUUUUGACUAAGGUUUGGGUGCUGCCAUUCUUAUUACUUUUCAGUUUUGAUGGUCAUGAUAGAGUAGAUGAAUUUGUAAGAAGUUUUUGAGGAACAAUGAGCUAACAGUUCAGCAGUCUUUGUUGUCUUUAAAAUACGAGUACUGUACGAAGUUUCAUCCUGGGACCUGAUACAUCGACCAUGACAACUCUCCUACCUCUCCAUAAAGCGACCAAUAACUUUCCAGAAAACCCUCGUCUGACCAGUUACCUUGGACUGACUCGACCACGAUCAGUCACUCUCCAUCCUUAUACCUUAACUCAGCCAGUCACUUCUCAUUUAUCUUAAACCUGACCAAUUUGCCUUCUGUUUUGUGUUACAUUCUUUAACCAUCAGACCUCAGUUUGCCGCUGGCUAGUUUACUGUAUGUUCUGCAAGUGUAAAGCUGCCAAUGUCAUUAGUGCUCAUGAGGGGUUAUUGUUCUUACAUGUCCAUUUACACAAACACAGUCUUUAGGGAUGAUUAGAUUGAGAUGUUUGCUUGAUGUUUGUAGCUUGUUGCCAUGUUUGGAUCAAAUUUUGGGAGAUGGAGGAUAUGAAUAGUUUUGCCGAUAUGCCCCCUUAUUAUCUCGUCGUCGUAAGGAGAGUAUUUUUGUAAAGAGGCACCGUAUUUGUGCAGAGCAACAAUGGGGGUUUUGAAGUUGUACAAUGUUUCGAUGCACCAUGCAAAUGGAGAUGAAAUGUACUGUGAAUGUUUUGACCCUUUUGUUUAUCAUGGAACAUUUUCAUCCCUAAUAAACCUGUAUUUACACUA